UGUUUUAUCAGAAUUUCAUUUCAGUGUUUAAAUCUUUCUCUGUGUUUACCUUCGUAAUUAACAUUUGUGCUUUUUUCUAUUAUUUUAUAUUCUCUAUCAUGUUUAUAAGAAGAUUAUGAUGAGUGGAUGUUGAUGUUGGUUUGAUCAAUUAGAGAUGAUCGUUGAUAAUUAGAUUUGGUUACCCAGUUUUCUAUUGAGAUGGAUAAUCAUCAUCAUUUGUUUAAAUUCUAUUGCCAGUGAUUGUUUAUUUUUUUUGUUCUCUUUAAUUCUUGAGAAAUGAAGGAAAGACCAUUGUGACUUGACAAUAAUCAUCAACACAAUAGUUUCACCAUCAAUCGAUUCAACAAGUUGCAAAAAGAAAAACUAUUCUACAUCAGCAACGUCAAUUCUUGGGUUUUUAUUGCUCUUCUUUUCGCCUUUCAUCUUUUGGUAUCAAUUCUUCUCACUAAUUUAUGUUCUUUUCAUACAAAAGCUUUGCAAUUAUUUUAAUUAUCUUUAAAAAGAACAAACACUCAUCUCUCUCUCUCUCUCUCCUCUUUGUUUACAUAAAACGUAUCUUUCUUUAUCUUCAUCUUAAUCCGAUCAACAACAUUUCAGUUCCCAUCAAUUGCUUUAUUCUCACCUUUCCAAUUCAUCAUGUCCAGUAACAAACCAAAAGGAUCGAUUAGUUUUAGAUUUAAUAGUAAAUCUGGUGAUGAUCAUUUGGAGGAAGUUCAUAAUUUCAUUGAUGACCGUUCAUUUGGUAUUGAUAGUGAAUCAAAUUCUCGAGCAUCUACACCGAUGAAAAGUGAAACAAGUAAAUUAAAUGAUGUAAUUCUUUCUACAUCACCAUCUUCAUCAACAUUAUCUUCAUCUUCCUCUUCAUCAUCAUCGUCAUCAUCAUCAACCACAACCACCACAACCACCACCACAGCAACAACAGUAACAUCUUCAAAGGUUAAAUCAUCAAUCUCUGAUAAUUCAGUGAAAGAUUUUUUCACCUCAAAAUUAAAUCGUGGUCGCAGUUUUGAUCAACAUGGAUCAUCAGAUGAUUCGAGUAUUCCAUCAUCUUCAUCCCCUGGUUCCAGCUCAAAAUGGUACAGCGAAUCUUGGAAGAAAUUUCAACAAAUUAUCGAGGAAAGGAAAGAAAAAUCAGCUCGAGAAAAGGAAAAUAACAAAAAGGACAGAGAUUCCAAUUCGAUUCAAGGCACAACCACUACGCAGACAAUAACAUCAUCAUCUUCCAUUCCAUUACCAUCUUCAUCAUCCGGUGGUUCUCACAGUGGCUCGUUUUCAUCUGAAAGAGUAACGGAAACAGUUAAUGAGUUUGGAGAAAUUGGUGAAAAAAGUUUUCGUAGUUUCUCAUUAACGGAACCAAUCAAUGAGAAUAUUGUUCUUCCAAGUUCAUUAGUGUCAUCGAAAGAUAAAGAUAAUCAUGUUAAAUUCAGUAAUAGUGAUAAUAUUUUCUCACUUCGAGAUUCAACAAUCAAUAACGAAGAAGAUGAUGAUUGGUUAUUCCGACGACCACCAACAGUAUCUUCAUCAACAGGCAGUUCGACUGUUAAAUCAACAACAGCCACCAAACCAAAUGAGCUUAAUUCCAGAUCCGUGAUACGAAGUGAUGAAAAUGAAAAUAACUGUGAACCAACAUUAUCGUCGACCACUUUAUCUCCGUCCGAAUCAUCUGGUCAACCAUUUCAAAGAUUAACUAAUCACGAUUGGUGGAUAUUGAAAAGUCAAUCAGGAUUUGUACUCUUAUGUUCAUCUUUCGUAGCCUUAUUUUCAAUCAUAGUAACAAUAAGGUUACCCUUUCCCUCUUACAUUAAUGGUUUCAUCCUUGGAGUAAUCAUUUCAUUCCUUUCUGCUGGUCUUCUCGCAAUUUACUUGAUCAAUUUGAUUCUGAAACCUUCAGAGGAAGAGGAAAAUGAAGCUGUAAUCAAAGCAUCGAAUGAAUCACCUCAACCACUUCUAUCUUCCAAUUCAAUCUCUACAACCACUUGCUCUCCUUCCUCUUCACCUCCAUCAACACCUCUCACAGAAAUACAACAAACCAAAGAAGAUUCAAUCGAUAGUCAAAGUGUAAUACACAAAGAAUGGUUCCACGAACUAGUGUCCAGUCGAGAACUUGAAACAAAUGAAAAAGCGAGUAAAAAACACGGAAAAACUCAACUUGUUUUCAUCCGUCUCACAGGAACGUGUCUUCGAGUUUCUGAACCUCAGUCCAAAAAUAUCAAACCUCGUAAAUUAAAUGAAAACAGUUACACCAAUUUCGCUUAUCAACGACACUACGAUCUAAUAAACUUGAAACGUCUUUAUCUUUGGCUUCCAAAUAGCAUUCGUAAUAAGAAAAAGUAUCUUUGGGUCAAAAAGUAUCCCAUUGUCUUGGAAAUCGACGGUAACAAAAGUUACACCGAAUCAAGUGGUUCUAAUGGUUCUAAUUCAUCUCGAACAACAAAACUUAUUCUUUUCGCUCGAACUCAUCGAUCAAAGGAAGAAUGGUACUGGAGACUUAAAGAUGCUUCAAGAGACUUUUUCCUUGAUUCAGCUGAAGAAUUAAAAUCGGAUGGUGAACAAGCAUCAACACCCACACCUACAAGCGAUUCCAAUUCAAAUGAUCAUUCUCCGUUAACACCAACCAGAGAAACCUUGAAAUCCAAAGACGUCACUCCUUCGUCUGUUUUACCCAAAUACGAAGCUUAUAUGCACCAAAUAUUAAAUCAUCGAAUUUCUUUAUAUUUACCUGGAACACUACCUGUUGAUGAUAGUCAUUUACUCUGGUUUAAUGCAAUGUUGGGUAGAGUUCUUUUCGAAUUUCUUAAUAAUGCCCACUGGUCAAAUUGGGCUUCGAAAAAGAUUCAACGUAAAUUGUCACGAAUUAAGUUACCUUAUUUCAUGCAAACUCUUACUCUCAAAAAUAUUGAUCUCGGACAAAAUUUACCUCGAUUUCUUGCCGUUAAUCAACCUCCAGUUAUCAAUGAAGGUGGACUUUGGAUUGAUUUUCAAAUUGAUUAUUGUGGUGGAUUUGCCAUGACUCUUGAAACUAAAUUAAAUCUAAUGAGGUUAAAAGAUCAAGGUACAAUUGAGAAAGAAAUGAAACCUUUUGGAACAGGAAUGGGCGCAUCAGUAGAGAUCGAUGAUUUCUCUGAGCCUGAGUCAAUUGUUUCUAGUUCAGAAGAUGAUGAAAAGGAUGAGUUUAAGGAAAAAAUUGUCGACAGUGAAGGAAACAAUGGAGCAAAGUUAUUGAAAUUUGUGGAUAAACUCGCGGCAUCCAAAUACUUCCAACAAGCAACCGAUUACAAGUACAUAAAACGAGCAAUGGAAGGAGUUUCCAAUACUCCACUGGUUUUGACAGUAUUUGUCCAAGAAUUGUCAGGAAUCCUUUCAAUUAAUAUUCCACCUCCACCAUCCGAUCGUCUUUGGUAUGGAUUCCGUGGAGAUCCUAAUCUAGUCCUUUCAGCAAGACCUCGUCUCGGUGAACACAGAGUUUCAAUGAGCCAUGCAAUCGAAUGGAUCGAGAAAAAGUUACAACAAGAAUUCAAUAAACUUCUUGUGAUUCCAAACAUGGAUGAUAUUAGUUUAUCGGUGAUGAUGGCUUCUAAUAGCAACAUCGAUAUUCAAUAAAAGCACCAAUUACAAAAGUGCCUUGUGAUUUUCCUCUCUCUCUCUCUCAUAAACCAUUUCCUCUUUUCUCUCACCUUUGAUUAUCCUCUUCCUCUUUCAACCAUUUAUUUUGUCUUUCCAAUUUACUUUCCUAAUUUUCUCCUCUUUCUCUGCUUCACCAAUUGAAACAAAAAAGACUUCUAAAUCUUAAUUAUUAAUUAUUAUUCUGUGAUAAAAACCAAGUCCUUUUCCAGAAAAUCUUGGUUGUGUGAUGGAUACUAAUCAUUAUUAUCUUUCACUUUUCCUCUUAAAUAUCAAUUUAUCCUCAGAUUUCAAGUCAUUUGUAUAAAUUGAUCAAAUUUUCUUUGUCCAAAUCAACAACCGAAUCAAUCAAACAAUUACUUUUAAACAAAAACAAAACUAUUUACAAACUAUUGUAUCAAAUUAAGGCAAUGAUUUCAUUUCCAUUUUGUUUUGACCUUUUGUUUAGCUUGGUCAAUUUACUUUUCACAUUAAAGCGUUAAUCUAAUUGC